ACCUUUUAUUGGCACCGCCAGUUGUUGCUCGUCGAGCACUUGGACUGGUGCAUUGUUGCCAAGAGUUGAAGUCAUGGGAGUUCACGGACUUUGGAGGCUGCUGGAGAGCACAGGGAAACCCAUCAACCCUGAGACACUGGAGGGAAAGAUUCUUGCUGUCGACAUCAGCAUAUGGCUGAAUCAGGCAGUGAAGGGCGUGCGGGACCGCCACGGCAACAGUGUCCAGAACGCCCACCUCCUCACUCUCUUCCACCGCAUCUGCAAGCUGCUCUUUUUCCGCAUCCGCCCGGUCUUUGUGUUUGAUGGUGAUGCUCCGCUACUGAAGAAGCAAACACUGGCUUUGAGGAGGCAGAGGAAAGAAGAGUUGAGCCAAGAGUCCAAAAAGACGAAUGAGAAGCUCCUCAAGACCUUCCUGAAGAGACAAGCUAUCAAAGCUGUGCUUGGAGACAACAAUAAGGAGCCUCUACCCAGCCUCUCCAAUGUGAGGAGGAACGAGGAGGAUGACAUGUAUGUUCUACCAGCUCUGCCGCCUGCAGAGGAGGAGUCCAAAAACAGCUCAGAGGAGGAGGAAGAGAACGACGGUGAGGAUAUGGCGGAGCAGAUGUCUGAGGGGGAAGAGCUGUACGCAGACCCCAACUCUGUGGACAUCAACUCUGAAGAGUUUGCCUGUCUUCCCCUGGAAAUGAAACAUGAGCUACUCAAAGACAUGAAGGAGUUUUCCAAAAGGCGCAGAACUCUGUACCACAAACCUCCUGAGCUGUCUGCUGACUUCUCUCAGUACCAGCUGGCCGGCUUGUUGCACAGGAACAAGCUGAAUCAACGUCUGGAAGGAGUGGAGAAGGAGAUGAACCAGAGCAGUGCCGGCAGCACGGCGCAGCUCUACGGGGAGGACCAAGAGGGUCUCGACGUUGAGUCGCGUCGACUUGUCUCCGAAGAUAACUCCCACUACAUCCUCAUUAAAGGCUCCAACAAAACUAAAAAUCCUCCAGAGAGCCAGCCUGCCACGGCCGCAUGGACUGGGAAUUCAGCCUUUCAAAAGCGAGCAGUGGGCAGGCCGGAGCCUCUUUGGCAACCGCUGUCAGCGGAAGAAGAUAAAAAGCAAGUUUCCUCGUCAGAAGACUGCAAGCCUUCAGUGUCGAAACAAGCGUCGCCACCUUCGCCUCGCACACUGAAGGCUAUCCAGGCGGCCAUGAGCGACGACUCUGAUGUGGAAAGGAACGUGGAGCAGGAAAGGACAGACGGUGGCAUUUCUCCACGUACGAUGCUCGCCAUCCAACAAGCUCUGGCUGAGGAGGAGGAAGAAGCAAAGCACGGGACUCUGAGCAGCAACUCUACCGCAAAGUCACAAAUAGUAAUCAGCAGCUCUGAGGAGGAGGAAGAAGCAAAGCACGGGACUCUGAGCAGCAACUCUACCGCAAAGUCACAAAUAGUAAUCAGCAGCUCUGACGAAGAAAAAGAAGCAAUCAGAGAAAAGUGUGACCUUACAAAGAGCCCUGCAGCCAAAACUGUACCUGGUGACUUGUUAGGUGUUAGCUCCGAAGAUAUGGACCAAGUCAUUGGAAAGAGAAACAAAGCUUUUCACUUUGCAGCAGAUAUUUGGGAAUCGAACGCAGAAUGUUAUGGUGGGGUGAAGAACGAGGUGCUUAAAGCCAAACCACAGGAUGUAAGGACAGGAAGUCCGAGUCCGACAAAGAAAGUGGAUGAGAAAGGAGACUCGGCGCAGGGUCUGACUUUUGAGAAGGAGCAUCAAGUCCAUCCUGAGGCUGGUGUGUCCGUGGAUCUGCGAGAUAAACCUGAGCAGCGGACUAAUGAAUCCAUCGGGGAGGAAGAGAGCGAAUCAGAAGACAGCUUCUAUGAAGUAUCAGAGGAGGACCACGAAGAGGAGGUCCUUGAAGAUCAGACCACGCAAGGAGCAGGAAGUCCGUCCAAAGCAGCCGGAAGUCCUGCAGAGUCUCUGAAGUCGGAGGAUGAAGAAGACGAUAAAAUGCACACCGAAGUGGAAGAAGAGUUGGAGGAGUCAAGCCUUCCUCCUGCAGUCAACGAAUGGGACGAUUUGGAUGUGGCUGAGCUGCAGUCUCUGGAGAGUUGCCUGCAGGUGGAACAGAGCAGCCUGAGGGAGCAGAAACAGCAGCAGGAGAGGAUGGCCAACUCCGUCACAGGGCAGAUGUGCCUGGAGACGCAGGAGCUCCUGCGGCUGUUUGGGAUUCCCUUCCUGGUGGCGCCGAUGGAGGCAGAAGCUCAGUGCGCCGCCCUGGAUCGAACCGACCACACCAACGGGACCAUCACGGACGACUCGGAUGUCUGGCUGUUUGGAGGGCGACACGUGUACAAGAACUUCUUCAGCCAGAACAAAUACGUGGAGCACUACCAGUUCAGUGACCUCCAGAACCAGCUGGGUUUGGACAGGAUCAAACUCAUCAACCUGGCCUACCUGCUGGGAAGCGACUACACGGAGGGCGUGCCCGGGGUGGGUUAUGUGACCGGCAUGGAAAUACUGAAUGAGUUCCCAGGCCCUGGACUGGAGCCACUCACAGAGUUCAGCAAGUGGUGGUCGGAGGCUCAAGAGAGAAAGCGUCUGAGCGCCAAUCCUGGCGACACCAAAGUGAAGAAGAAGCUGCGGGAGCUCAGACUUCAGCCUGGCUUCCCAAACCCCGCGGUGGCUCAGGCGUACCUGCAGCCCGCCGUCGACCAAUCAGACGGCUCCUUCAGCUGGGGGCGCCCACAACUGGACAUGAUCAAAGAUUUCUGCCAAGCUCGCUUUGGUUGGAGCGCUCAAAGAACCAGCGAGACUCUUCAACCUGUGAUCAAGCAGCUCAACACUCAGCAGACCCAGCUGAGGAUCGACUCCUUCUUCCGCAUGGAGCAACAGGAGAAGCAGGCCGUCCGGAGCCAGCGACUCCGCCGGGCCGUCACCUGCAUGAAGAGGAAGGAGCGAGGGGAGGAAGACCACCUAGAAGAAGAAGAAGGAGGAGGAACCAUCGUGUCUCCGUCCAGGCCCAGGAAGGCCAAGACCACGGAGAAGAAGAAAGGUGAUUGGAGUGUGGUCAGAGGAGAUAGAGAUGGGUGUGUGGUCAGAGGAGAUAGAGAUGGGUGUGUGGUCAGAGGAGAUAGAGAUGGGUGUGUGGUCAGAGGAGAUAGAGAUGGGUGUGUGGUCAGAGGAGAUAGAGAUGGGAGUGUGGUCAGAGGAGAUAGAGAUGGGUGUGUGGUCAGAGGAGAUAGAGAUGGGAGUGUGGUCAGAGGAGAUAGAGAUGGGUGUGUGGUCAGAGGAGAUAGAGAUGGGUGUGUGGUCAGAGGAGAUAGAGAUGGGUGUGUGGUCAGAGGAGAUAGAGAUGGGUGUGUGGUCAGAGGAGAUAGAGAUGGGUGUGUGGUCAGAGGAGAUAGAGAUGGGUGUGUGGUCAGAGGAGAUAGAGAUGGGUGUGUGGUCAGAGGAGAUAGAGAUGGGUGUGUGGUCAGAGGAGAUAGAGAUGGGUGUGUGGUCAGUGGAGAUAGAGAUGGGUGUGUGGUCAGUGGAGGGUUCUUAAGUUCAGCAGGAAGUGGAGAAACUGGGAUGGUGUCUCAGAGCGCUGUGAGCUGCUCCUCUCAGGACCGCUCUGAGGUUACAAAGAUCGUACCGCAGAAGACGAGUAGGAGGAGUCACAGCAGCUCCGGCGAGGACAGCGAAGACGACAAUUAUGCGCGGGUUGCUAUGGUUACGGCACGAUCCGUGUUUAAGGCCAACGUGAGAGGACGCGGCACAAAAAGCAAGAGAGGGAGAGGAAGGGGAAAGAAAAACUAAAAACAGGAUUUUUUUAUUUUGUAGUUUUCCUAGUUUAUUUUAAACGUCAAAAAACUAAUAAUAAUAAAAGGAAAAAUAAUCAGGAACAUUGAAUUAAUCAUGUGUAAACGCUGAAUAUAUGCUCCUUUAAACGUCGGUGCACAGAUGAGUGACUUCUUUUCUCCCAGCUCCUGAAUGACAUUCUUACAAUAAAAUUGCUUUUGUGUCAAAA